GCCCAACUUCCUGUCCCGCUCUGGAGCUGCUUCCGGCGGGAGCCGGAAGACGCUAUGUGUGGACGGAAUUCGGGACCGGCGCACGGACGGCUGCCCUGGACUGGAAGGCUAAAUUGAUUACCCACCCAGCACAGCAUCUUACAGGAAAAACAUAGCAUUUCCUAAAGGAAUAUGAGCAUAAUAGGAGUGUCAUUGACUCUGAAUUAAAAAUUUAAUCUGUGCCCUGAACAGCUGCAGGAUUUGGAAGCUGAAUCAAUGUUAUCAGAUGAGUUAGAAUCCAAACCAGAGCUCCUGGUACAAUUUGUUCAGAAUACGUCCAUCCCAUUGGGACAGGGGCUAGUAGAAUCAGAAGCUAAAGAUAUUACUUGCUUGUCCCUCCUUCCGGUGACUGAGGCCUCAGAAUGCAGUCGGCUGAUGUUACCAGAUGAUACUGCAAAUCACACUAACUCCUCCAAGGAGGUUCCUUCCUCAGCUGUGUUGAGAAGCCUUCAAGUGAAUGUGGGCCCAGACGGAGAGGAGACGAGGGCUCAGACUGUACAGAAGUCCCCAGAGUUUUUAUCCACUCCAGAGUCUCCUAGCUUGUUGCAAGAUCUACAACCAAGUGAUAGCACUUCUUUUAUUCUUCUUAACCUAACAAGAGCAGGUCUGGGCUCUUCAGCCGAACACUUAGUAUUUGUACAAGAUGAGGCAGAGGAUUCAGGGAAUGAUUUCCUCUCUAGUGAGAGCACAGACAGUAGCAUUCCAUGGUUCCUGCGGGUUCAGGAGUUGGCCCAUGACAGUUUGAUUGCUGCCACUCGUGCACAACUGGCAAAGAAUGCAAAAACCAGCAGCAAUGGUGAGACCCCUGUGGCCUUUUCCAGUCUUCUAUGCAGAGAUUUUGAUAAUGCAAGAAAUGACCGCUCCUUCAUCUGCCCUGCAGAAGGUUGUGGAAAAAGUUUCUAUGUGCUGCAGAGGCUGAAGGUGCACAUGAGGACCCACAAUGGGGAGAAGCCCUUUAUGUGUCCCGAGUCCAGCUGUGGGAAGCAGUUCACCACAGCUGGAAAUCUGAAGAACCACCUGCGCAUCCACACAGGAGAGAAGCCUUUCCUUUGUGAAGCCCAAGGAUGUGGCCGUUCCUUUGCUGAGUAUUCUAGCCUCCGAAAACAUUUGGUGGUUCACUCAGGAGAGAAACCUCAUCAGUGUCAAGUCUGUGGGAAGACCUUCUCUCAAAGUGGGAGCAGGAAUGUGCACAUGAGAAAGCAUCACUUGCAGAUGGGAGCUGCUAGGAGUCAAGAGCAGGAGCAAACUGCUGAGCCACUAAUGGGCAGUAGUUUGCUUGAAGAGGCUUCAGUACCCAGUAAAAACCUGGUGUCUAUGAAUUCCCAGUCCAGCCUUGACGGAGAGUCCUUGAACCUACCAAAUACCAAUUCUAUCCUAGGAGUUGAUGAUGAGGUGCUUGCUGAAGGAUCCCCACGUCCCCUGUCUUCAGUGCCUGAUGUGACACAUCACUUGGUGACCAUGCAGUCAGGGAGGCAAUCCUAUGAGGUUUCUGUCUUAACUGCCGUAAACCCACAGGAGUUACUAAACCAAGGAGAUUUAACUGAAAGACGGACAUGAGCAUGGGUGCUGACUCCUGGAAAAGCAGCUCUGUCUGAUCCCAGAGUGCAUACAGUGGGAGCAGGUUGCUUAUGGCUCACAAUCUGCCAGAACCAAAAUGAAUCUGUGAAUGACAAGACCCCACUUUUUCCUCUGUUCAUCUUGCCUGGCAUAGAAGAUGAAUGCAGGAGAGCUUCUCUUCAGACUACCAUCUGAUCCAGACAAAGAAGAAAGCAGUGAAUGUGAGCUGGGUAACGGUACCUACCUCUCUUCUCAAUGCAAAAAUUUGGGGUGGACCUCUCCCAGAAGUGAGUUUGAUUAUGUGUUGGCUGAAGUUUCUCAGUGUGACUGUUGAGAGAAGGUUUUCCUUUGAAGAGCUUUCAUCCCAGACUCAGCUGUCUUUUCACAUGGAUGGACUAAGUCCUGCCACCAACCAUAAAACUUCACCAAGAAGUUGAGCUUUCAAGAUGCCUUGUUGCUUUGGAGAAGGGAGUGAUGUCAGUUUUGUUGUGACAUUCUCCCUUUAGCAACCUGAGUAAGACUCUCCUCCACUGGGCUGCAAAAAAAUAAAUUACUUGAAUCCCUCCUUGGCCCAGGCUGAGGUACUAUCUUGUCCCACACACCUCUACUUGGUCACUUUGUUUUCUUUGUUUAUGGAACAUACAGUAGCAUGUGAAAAAGUUUUUUUGUUUUUUAAGUUAAAAAUCACAUGAUUCAGAGCUUCAGUUGUUUUCCCUUUAAAUAAAUGAACAGCCCAGUCAGUUCUUUGGCUCCUUGUUUUGGACAAAAUUUGUUUUCAUAAAGAGAUUAAGAAUGUUCAGUCUUUAAAAGAAGAUACUGGUUUACUCUUAGGAUUCCAUGCAGGUGAAACUGAACUCAGGAGUCUUGGGGGAACAUGACAGGAACAUCUUCAUCUCUUAACUAGCAAACCCAGAUGGUAGUUAUCAGAGUAUCACUGUGUCAUCACCAACAGGGACCAUGUGUGAGUCUGGAUAAAGUUGGCAGUAAGAACAGAUACUUUUGAAUUUUCCCAGAAAGUUAAAAAAAAAAAAACCAUGAGAAGGGUGUUUCUGUUAG